AUGCUAAGGCAGACCAUAAAUCAGGCCAAGAAGCACCCAAGCUUGAUUUCCCUAUUUGUAUUUUUUAGAGCUAGAGGUACUGGAGCAGCACAAUGUGUGAUACAUCUGGCAUUGUUCAAUCCAGGUGUCAAUUGGAGCAAACUGGAUUCCCGUGAGCAAUAUAAGUUCUCCUUGGUGAAUGUGGACUGUAGCAAACUGAAGAAGGUCCCAACUUCCAAACUGCUGAAAUUAAGAGCCUUUCAGAAGCCACUUAACCAAGAAAUAUUGAUCAUCUGA